AUGCCGUUUGGUUUAUAUGACUGGAAUGUUCUUUAUCAAGAUCUUCGCAAUGCUCCUCCAAGUCUUGAGUGUGAAUGUGGCACUGCUGUGAACUCUACACUGAAAUCACCAAACUCAACACUUACAAUUUCACCCCACACUAACAUUCUCACACUACGUCCAACGACAUAUGCAUCUGACUAUGUUUGUUCAUUGGAGAACUCGAGUGUUCAAUUCACACUAUCCAAUUUGGCACAUUCAGCAUGGCAACCUUCAGCCAAUUGUGCUUUACCGUUGUGUAUUACUUAUUCAAAUAACAAUAACAACAGCAGCACUUGUCGUACAUCGUUGACACCAUGCUAUGACUAUCGCACGGCAACUAAUAUGAGCUACUGUGCUCCAGGAAGUCUAUGUUCCAUGCUUGAGCAGUGCGAUAAUGUAACCGGCGGAUGCGCGUCGAACUCGUAUGUAUGCGUUGUGAAUUCGUGCUGCACGCCUUAUAAUGUAUGUUUGCCAUUGUCUUGGACUAGUUUGUGCUCUUCGGUUAAUGAUACAACUUCAACUGUCGUCAGUUCAACAACAACUGCAAGCACUACAAGUUCUACAACGCCAGCACCAGCGGUGUUAGGUAUCAAAACAGUAGGGAGUUUUAUCUUGUAUUGA